AUGUGUAUGGAGUGCCUGUCUCGGAAGCUCCGAGAGGCGGUAACACAGUACCUGCGGCGGGUGAAGGUGGUGGACCUGUGUGCCAGCCGCUGGUGGGAGUACAUUCCCUCAGGAUUCACGGACCCCAAUUUCCUUAUGCUGCUGAAGAAGAUGCCAGACCUGGAGCAGCUGUAUGGACUGCACCCCCGCUACCUGGAGCGCCGCAAGGUCCGGGGAUACCAUGCUUUCAGCAUCCCAGGAGUACUGGAGGCUCUUCAGGCCUGCCCCAAUCUGCUGGGAGUGGAGACGUCUCAUCUGGAGCUGGUGGAGGUGAUCUGGCACUACAUGCCUCAGGUCCACAUCCUGGGGAAGUUCCGCAGCCACAGCGGGGUGUUCCCCAUUCCCCCCGAAAACAAGCUCGCCACCCCCAUCGCCGCCAAAAUACAAACCCUGCAUCUCAUCGGGGUGAAUGUGCCAGAGAUCCCUUGUGUGUCCAUGCUGAGACACCUCUACCUAAAGUGGGUUCGCCUGACCAAGCCCCAGCCCUUCAAAGACUUCCUGUGUGUCAGCCUACGGACCUUUGUGAUGAGGAACUGCGCGGGCCCCACCAACUCCCUGAAGUACGUUCCCCUGGUGACAGGCCUGGCCUCAGCCCGCAACCUGAUGCAGCUGGAGUUGGUCAGAGUACCCUUCCUUGGGGGGCUCAUCCAGCACGUGGUGGAGGACAGCUGGAAGUCAGGGGGAUUUUGCAAUUUGCACACUAUUGUAUUUGGUGCCUGUAAGAAUGCACUUGAAGUUGACCUGGGCUACCUCAUCAUUACUGCUGCACGCAGAUUGCGUGAGGUUUGAAUCCAGCCUUCCCUAACCAAAGAUGGGGUGUUCUGUGCACUGAAGAUGGCUGAACUGGAGUUCCCCCAGUUUGAGACUUUGCACCUCGGAUACGUUGAUGAG